UUGCGUCAUGUAAAUCUAUAGAUAUAUGAAAUAUUACUAAUUAAUGCAUUGAUCAAUAUAUUUUUACUAAAGAAUCCAUUUCUUAUAUGCAAUAGUUUCGUGAUAAACUGAAUAGUAGGAAAAGUUCAAAAAACAGUUUAACCUUUUCGUUUGACAAAUAUAACCUAUUCAUAUUUGUGUCUUGACACCAUUUUUGUUCAGCUUUCCGUUUAUAUGAAUAGACUACGCUGUAUGUCUUCCCAAAUGAUGAUAGAUGCAUAGAAAAUUUUGUUGACAGGGAUCGUACAUUGAUUCGCGGCCGACGGACACUUCUAUUAACAAUUUAUGUUUUUAAAGCCGAGAAGCGCUUUUAUUAAUAUUAUGGAAUGCAUACUAGCUCUAUAACUACCAAUAUGUAACACAAUUGUUAUACAAAAAAGAAUUUACUUUCUUUUUUAUCUAUACAAAAUGUUGUAUAAAAUAUAGUCAGUGUUUAAUGGACUUAAAAGACCAAAUCAAAAUGGAGGGGGAGGAUUUUCAUCUUCAUUGGGAGGAAGAUGUAAAGCGUAAUAUUGUGGCAAGUGAAGAAGUAAUAUGUGGCCUUGAUAAUGUGCAAAAUGAAGCGUAUACCAAUAUGACUGAAGAAAUUAUUGAAGAUACUGAUCAAAUGGCAGCCGAAAAUCUUAUGUAUUUAUCACAAGAUGUAGUUACAUAUACAGAAAGUGCUGAGCUUGCUCAAGACCCGAACGUGGAAUGUGUUACCGAAGAGGUUGUUACUGAUGACUGGGUUAUAUCUGGUGGACAAGAAAGCUUUCCUUUCAGAGUGGAGGUGCCUUUAGAACAUUUAGCUAAUCCUAUUCAAGAUAUUAAAAUAGAAAAUGACAUUGAUGUUCCACUACCAACAGAUCAAGAUGAAUACACAGCUAUGCGUCCGUGGCCUUGUGAUUUCUGUUCACGGCGGUUUCGCAAAAAAGCGGCGUUGAUGAACCACAUGGUGGCGCACCAAAACGACCGCCCACAUGCUUGUAAUCUGUGCGGAGUUCGCUACGUGCGCAAGUGCGACCUUAUGAACCACCUCAAGGUGCAUGCGUUUGUUCCUGACGAGCCGGAUCCCGCGGACUAUCAGCAUGAUGAAAUUAUUGCUCAAACACCAUUGCCAAAAACUAAGAAAAAGAGAGGACGCCGGAAAAAGACGGCGGAGCCCGUCGAGGAGCAGAACGGAGUGCCGGAGAACAUGACGUCGGCGCGCACGCAGCAGUGGUCGCGCCGCGCGCGCGCGCCGUCCGCGCCGCCGCCCGCGCCGCCCUCGCCCUCGCCCUCCCCGCCGCCGCCCACGCCGCCGCCGCCCGCCGACCCUUCGCGGCCCUUCGUCUGUCGCCACUGUGGCGUCGGUUUUGCCAGGGAGAAGGCACUUCAGUCACAUUCUAGAGUGCACGGCGGCGACUCGCCCGUGGAGUGCGGCGAGUGCGGCGAGCUGUGCUGGUCGCGCGAGGCGCUGCGCUCGCACGCCGCGUCACGCCACCCGCACCUCGCGCACGCGCCCUCCGCGCCCAAGCGCGAACCCUCCUACGACGACUGCAACUCCGGUGACGAUAUGGAAUUCCGCCUAUCACCCCUGGCACACAGCGGCAGCGAGCGCGGCGAGAGGGAGCGCGACCGGGAGCGCGGGACGCUGGACGUACGUGGGCCCGAGCUCUUCUGCGGUGACUGCGGCGUGGCCUUCCAGCGGGCCGAUCUGCUGAGGCGACACGUCGCCGCUGCACACAGUUAUAAACGGCACGAUAGCACGAGCAGCACGUGGGAGCAGGAGCACACUUGCGACGUGUGCGGCGAGAGCUGUCCCGACGCACUGCAGCUGCUCGCGCAUGCGGAGCGACAUGCGGAGCGGCCGCGCACCAACAGAAUGAAGAGACUGGCCCGUGGUCGAAACAACACUUCGAGUAGUUUAAGGCAGUUCCCAUGCAGAGAAUGCGGCAAAGUAUUCGGAUCUCGUAGCUCGCAGCAGAUCCACAUUCGCAUACAUACCGGCGAGCGGCCCUACGCAUGUCGUUUCUGUUGGAAGGCAUUCGCAGACGGCGGCACGCUGCGUAAGCACGAGAGGAUACACACCGGUGAGAAGCCGUACGCAUGUGCUGUGUGUCCGCGCGCGUUCAACCAGCGCGUGGUGUUGCGCGAGCAUGUGCGCUCGCACCACUCAGCGCCCGACCGACGCGCUAAUGGUGGCUAUCAAUAUUGCUGCGUUGUUUGUGGACGACCUUUAAAUUCAAGCGCUGAAUUAGUCCAACAUCUUAUUCAGCACUGUGAUGAAAAUACAGCACUAAAAAGGCAACCCCAGAAUGGACCACGAAAAUACAAACGACGGCGAAAAGCGAGAGUGGAGGAGUCGCCAGUACACAACGAUUGGGAGCGCGCCACUACACCUUCGCCUGCGCGGUCGGCCUCCCCCGCCGGCGCGCCCUCGCCCUCCCCGCCGCGAGCCGCGCGCGCCCCGCGGGCCGCCCGCGCGCCGCGCGCCUACUCCCCGCCGCGCCGACGCCGGCGUCGCGCGCCGCCGCCCCCGCGACCCAAGAUGAUACACACUGAGGAGCCGCGACCUAGAACGAAACAGGUCCGGAGUCGCAGGCCACCCAGACACCCAGCGGACGACUUAAGAGCAAUCGGCCCUCAUUCCCCGUCACCGACUCCAGCCUCCCCCGUACCGUCACCGCCCUCUCCCUCCCAGCUCACAACCACUACGGAUGAAGGCCCAUAUAAAUGUGAAAUGUGCUCUUUGGAGUUUCCACGACGAGAUGCCUUGCUUCUGCAUGUUCCUGUUCACAUAUGACGUACGCGUAACCAAACUCGACGGAGGCUUCGUUCGCAACGUGUCGCUUAAAGUGGCCAAAGGUGUGACCCUCGUUGAACGACAUGUCGCACAACAAAAAGACUGAAAUCUCUCCUUAGUGAUACAUGGAUCCUAGAUGACAAUCAAUAUGUCGAAUAUUUCGAUGUAAAUUGAAUCAUUCACCAGGAUUUAAGGCUCCAGAUCAGACUAUAAUUGUCAUCGGAAUCUCUAUCAAGGGCAGUCUUACAAUAUUUCUUAACGUAACUUUAUUGAUAAUGCUAAUAUGGCCCUGGCAGCCAAAGAAUCAAGUCAAAGUAUUUGUUUAGUUACGUAAUUAUGUAACUAUAUAUUGUUGAUAUUUAACAUAAAAUGUAAUGUAAGAAAUCACUAAAUAACCAAUGUAAUUAUUAUAAAAUUUUGUAUGCCAAUACAAUAUGACAGUUUCAUUAUUAUUUGUAAAAUAAAAUAUUUGUAUCAUCAAUGUAUUUGUUUUAUGAUGACUGUUCUUGAAAAAUUGUCUUUUAUUAUCAGAUACUAGUUUCGGUUUUUUAUAUAUAUAUAUGUAUAUUCUUGUAUAAAAAUAAAUGUAGUUCAUACAUUAGCAAUGCCAUUUUGAUAAGAAAAAAAUCUACACAUGUUAUGUAUAUAUUAGGAAGACUAUUAAAAUAUACAUCAUUACCAUAAAUCAAACAAUAUCAUAUUGUUAUAGUAAGCCUCAGUAGCUUAUGUGCCGCCUUGCUAUACGAAAAUUGAUGGUCCUACCCCUGGGGCUCUUAUCGUGUCCAUUUUUAGAACUUGGUUACGACUUAGUUCGAAAAGUAAAAAUAUAUAUAAAUGCCUUUACAAUAAACAAAACAUAAACAAACACUAGCAAUAGUGUUUUUAAUAAACAUGCUGAUUAUAAUUACAGUUUCGUAUGAUAAAACACCAGUAUUACAUUUUUAUUUUAAAACUUUCACCACAGUCUACGCCCAAAGUCCUUAUUAUCAAUUAUUUAUUAAAUAAGGCGAAUAAUUAUAUAAGCCACUUAAAUUGACUGCAUAAUUCAACAUAAAAUAGCUUACUAUACAACAUAAAGAAAGGUUUUUGCAAAUUAAAUACAUAUUACGUGUAAUACAUUUUCAAUACUAUCAAUGUCGUUUUGUUAUUUACAAAGGAUAAUAAUGAUAAAUAUAGCAAGAUAUGAUUUUCAUAUAAAAACGCUUAACAAAACUGUCAUUUAUAUCUGGAAUAUAUAUAGUUUUAUAAAAUCAAUUUUUUUUUCUUUAUAAGUGAAGAAAACAUAAUUUUUAAUAUUUAUAUAAAUUAUUUAUUUAAAAAUUAUUUAUAUAAAUGUUUGGUAUGUAUAAUGUUUGAAACAAAAGCUUGAAUAUAACUAAAAAUCGACAAUCUUAUAUCUUCAAUAUUUAAUGUUUCCAGGGGAGGGUCAAUGAAAUGUAUUUUAAAAAUGCUGUUUAUGUAACAAAUUUCGUGAACUCAGCUUUCAUAAUAAAUAAAUUUGUAACCAGUUCAAUAAUUUAAGUUUGAUAUUAUGUGCAAUAUAAAUAUGUAUAAAAUUUAGGUGCAAAGUAUAAAUAUGAAGAAUC